AUCUUUAUUGGUUAUAGCAGCCAGUCAAAAGGAUAUAGGGUGCUGAAUUUAAAAACUCAAGAAAUUGAGACAAGCAGAGAUGUCAAAUUUGAUGAAGAGUCAGCUUGGGAUUGGAAAAAUUCUCAGGUUAUUGCAGCAAGUCAAUUGCAAGAGCAGAUUCAUGAUGAAGCACCAAAUCUUGUUGAGUUUGAAUAUGAUGAGGAAAAUGAUCAAAUUGAUGAUGUGCCUGUCAGGGGACGCAAUGAAUUCAGAAGAAUGGAAGACUGCAAUGCAGGAGGAGUUGAACAUGUUUGAGAAAAAUGCAACAUGGAAGUUGGUUGAUAGGCCUACCAAUAAGAAUGUUAUAGGGGUCAAAUGGGUGUAUAAAGUGAAGUUAAACUCAGAUGGCUCCUUGAAUAAGUGCAAGGCAAGAUUGGUAGUCAAGGGAUACUCACAACUUGCUGGUAUUGACUUUACAAAAACAUUUGCUUCUGUUGCUAGGUUUGAUACAAUCAGAUUGUUGUUUGCAAUAGCUGCUAAGAAAAGUUGGCUUAUUUACCAACUGGAUGUGAAGUCAACUUUCCUAAAUGGAAAGUUGAAAAAGGAGAUAUAUGUUGAGCAACCUGAUGGGUAUGUGAAAAAAGGAGCAGAACAUAAAGUUUAUUUGCUGAAAAAGGCUUUAUAUGGCCUGAAGCAGGCCCCGAGAGCAUGGUAUGGCAAAAUAGAUAACCAUUUGCUCAGCUUAGGGUUUGAGAAAAGCAUUGAAGAGGCAACACUUUAUGUAAAAGAGAAGGGAGCAGAUUUGAUCAUUGUUUCUAUUUAUGUUGAUGAUUUGUUGGUCACUGGUAGUUGUGAAGCUAUGGUGAGAAAUUUUAAAGCUGAUAAGAUGAAGAUGUUUGAGAUGAAUGACCUGGGAAAAAUGUCAUAUUUCCUAGGAAUAGAGUUUGCAAUGUCAAACUGUAAAGCUGUCAGCACACCAAUAGUUCCAGGAACAAAGUUCACAAGUGAAGAUGGAGCCGCAAAGAUUGAACCGGGUUUGUACAGAAGCAUGAUUGGGAGCUUGUUAUACUUGUCAGCAACCAGACCAGAUAUCAUGUAUUCUGUUAGUGUUCUCUCAAGACGAGAUAAAGUUGCUUGGUUUACUGAUAAUGACUGGGCAGGGUCUGAAGAUGACAUGAAAAGCACCUCGGGUUGUUGUUUUUCCAUUGGUUUAGGAAUGAUCAGUUGGUGCUCAAGAAAACAAGAUGCAAUAGCACAGUCAAAUACUGAGUAUGAGUAUAUUGCUGCUGCUGAUGCAGCAAAUCAGGCAAUUUGGAUGAGAAAAGUGAUGCGUGACUUGAAGCAUGCUCAAAAGGAACCCACUGUGAUCCUUUGUGACAACAAAUCCACAAUUGCCAUUGUGAAAAAUCCUGUAUUUCACCGAAGAACCAGACAUAUCAAGAUUCGUGAUGAAGCACCAGAUCUUGUUGAGUUUGAAUAUGAUGAGGAAAAUGAUCAAAUUGAUGAUGUGCCUGUCAGGGGUACUAGAACACUUGAAGAUGUUUAUAACAGAUGCAAUGUGGCCAUUACAGAACCCUCAUGUUUGCAAGACGCAAUGAAUUCUGAAGAAUGGAAGAUUGCAAUGCAAGAGGAGUUGAACAUGUUUGAGAAAAAUGCAACAUGGAAGUUGGUUGAUAGGCCUACCAAUAAGAAUGUUCUAGGGGUCAAAUGGGUGUAUAAAGUGAAGUUAAACUCAGAUGGCUCCUUGAAUAAGUGCAAGGCAAGAUUGGUAGUCAAGGGAUACUCACAACUUGCUGGUAUUGACUUUACAGAAACAUUUGCUCCUGUUGCCAGAUUUGAUACAAUUAGAUUGUUGUUUGCAAUGGCUGCUCAGAAAAGUUGGCUUAUUUACCAAUUGGAUGUGAAGUUAGCUUUCCUAAAUGGAAAGUUGAAAGAGGAGAUAUAUGUUGAGCAACCUGAUGGGUAUGUGAAAAAAGGAGCAGAACAUAAAGUUUAUUUGUUGAAAAAGGCUUUAUAUGGCCUGAAGCAGGCCCCAAGAGCAUGGUAUGGCAAAAUAGAUAACCAUUUGCUCAGCUUGGGGUUUGAGAAAAGCAUUGAAGAGGCAACACUUUAUGUAAAAGAGAAGGGAGCAGAUUUGAUCAUUGUUUCUAUUUAUGUUGAUGAUCUAUUGGUCACUGGUAGUUGUGAAGCUAUGGUGAGAAAUUUUAAAGCUAAUAUGAUGAAGAUGUUUGAGAUGAAUGACCUGGGAAAAAUGUCAUAUUUCCUAGGAAUAGAGGUGCAACAAUCUAGCCAAGGUGUAUUUAUCUGUCAAAGAAAAUAUGCCACGCAAAUCUUGAACAAGUUUGCAAUGUCAAACUGUAAAGCUGUCAGCACACCAAUAGUUCCAGGAACAAAGUUCACAAGUGAAGAUGGAGUCGCAAAGAUUGAACCAGGUUUGUACAGAAGCAUGAUUGGGAGCUUGUUAUACUUGUCAGCAACCAGACCAGAUAUCAUGUAUUCUGUUAGUGUUCUCUCAAGGUUCAUGCAGUCACCAAGUGAAAUUCACUUGAAAGGAGCCAAACGUGUUCUUAGAUAUGUGAAAGGAACUAUCGACUUCGGGGUGAUGUAUUCAAGAUCAGACGAGAUAAAGUUGCUUGGUUUUACUGAUAGUGACUGGGCAGGGUCUGAAGAUGACAUGAAAAGCACCUCAGGUUGUUGUUUUUCCAUCGGUUCAGGAAUGAUCAGUUGGUGCUCAAGAAAACAAGAUGCAGUAGCACAGUCAACUACUGAAUCUGAGGAUAUUGCUGCUGCUGAUGCAGCAAAUCAGGCAAUUUGGAUGAGAAAAGUGAUGCGUGACUUGAAGCAUGCUCAAAAAGAACCCACUGAGACAAUCCACCAAAAUGUGCAGGGAAGCCAUGGCUCUAAUGAGUCCAUGGACUUGCAUGCUGACAGUCCAGGUCAGGAUUUCCCUUACUGAAAUCUAUGUGUGGUUCGUGAUGUGGUCUUCAUUUUCUUUUUCUGAUAAUAAUUUCUUGGGUGGUUA